UCCUUUCACACAUGCCCGCGUACGCACAGCGCAGUUACGUCAUACGUCGGGAAGCCAGUGAGAAGUAGCUGCUGCUGCUGCUAAAGGCCUCAGGAUCCGUGACACAGUAGGUUAACGGCCUAAAGCUGGAAGAAAGUUAUUUCAGGAUAAGAUUCAUUGAUCUCUGGCCAUUUAAACGAAGACUAGGUUGUGUAUAUGUGGUUCGGUUCAGGUGGUAGGUCGCGAUUAUUUCGUUGUUUCCUCAUCGGUUGUUCGCCUGGAGGCAAGGCUCGAGCUUCAAAACAGCCUAGCAGACAAAUGAGACCGAAGGAAAGUGUAAAGGUGCUUUGAAAGAAGCCCGCCAUGUCUGGUCCCACCUGGCUUCCACCGAGGACUCUGGAUAGCCCAGAACGAGCCGUCCCCCAGAUGUCUCACCCUGCCGGGUCAACAAUCUACCAAGCUGUCAACAAGAAGACUGUGUCUGACUUUCGGACGAAAUAUACCCCCUAUGACCAGAAUGGAGGAGGAGCUAUGGCCAACAGGUACAAGGCUGCUGCACCCACAGGUGGACCCAUUCACCAUUCAUCUGGUGACCACUAUGGUCCCAAAGAAGACCGUAACUGGAGCCCUCAUAUGGACAGCUACGAGCUGAUGCAUCGUGGUCCUGAAAACCCAGCGGGCUAUCACUCCAAAAUCGAUUCCGAUAUUGACUCCCUGACCAGUAUGCUUGCUGAUCUCGACAGCCACCCAGAGGACUCCAGCACACAACUGUACGACAAUGUGCCUUACAACAAAUACCUCUCAGGGGAUCACUACAAAUCUGCAUACCAGAGCAAAACCCCUCCUCAGGGUCGGCCAUCCAUGAGCUACCCCCCUCACCCAGAGAGCCAGUACCACCCAGCACCCCCUUACCCUAGUGAGCAUCAGACGUCUCAGUACUCCACCUCCCACCAGCAGGACUACUACUCCUCCUCUUCAACCACUAAACCCUACCCUCAGCCCGUCCCAGCCUCCUAUACCACUGCCUCAACUCCCACCGGGCCCAGGUUCAGCGUCCAGGUCAAGACAGCACAGCCUGUCACCUACUCACAGACAGGGAGGCAGGCUGAACAGGCCUACACCCCACCCCCUCCUCGCCAGCAUGUGUCACGUCCACCACCACGGACUCAGACAAACCCGCAGGUUUGGUACCCAACGCACUCAAGUUCACAAGCUCAGGAGACGCACGCUGAGGUGGGGUACAAGGGGAGCGGCUCAGGCUCUGGAGGCAGAGCCAGCCAGGUCUCGGUGUCUAAGAGAGGGAUGGAAAGUAACCCAGCGGGGUCAGGAGCUGCACAGAGUCCUGCUUAUCAGUCUAGUAAGCAGGUGACGGCAACAACAAGGCCUGAGGAGGAGCUGGAUCGACUCACCAAGAAGUUGGUAUAUGAUAUGAACCAUCCUCCUGCAGAGGACUACUUUGGUCGCUGUGCGCGCUGUGGUGACAACGUGGUCGGUGACGGCAGUGGCUGUAUCGCCAUGGAGCAGGUGUUUCACGUGGAGUGUUUCACCUGUAUCACUUGCCACGCCCGUCUCCGAGGGCAGCCUUUCUACGCCCUGGACAAGAAGAGUUACUGCGAGAGCUGUUACAUUAGUACACUAGAGCGCUGUUCAAAGUGUUCCAAGCCCAUCCUGGACCGGAUCCUGCGGGCCAUGGGAAAGGCCUACCAUCCCCGCUGUUUCACAUGUGUGGUUUGUAACUGCUGCUUGGAUGGGGUGCCCUUCACUGUGGAUGCCACCUCUCAGAUACACUGCAUAGAUGACUUUCACAGGAAGUACGCGCCUCGCUGCUCAGUGUGCGGUGAGCCCAUCAUGCCCGAACCGGGCCAGGAGGAGACCGUCAGGAUCGUGGCUCUGGAUCGUAGCUUCCAUGUCAACUGUUACAUUUGUGAGGAAUGUGGUCUGCUGCUGUCGUCUGAAGGAGAGGGUCGAGGCUGUUAUCCACUAGAUGGCCACAUCUUGUGUAAGAGCUGCAGUGCUCGCCGCAUCCAGGACCUCUCAGCCAAAAUCUCCACUGACUGCUAACAAACCUCCUGUGUUGCUCUGCCUUUUCAGCCACCUCACUCUCACACAUCCAUGGACACUCCACAUGUUGCACAUGACUUAAGGCACAAGUGAACUACUGUACUAUUUGAUCAUGACAUGGCAAGCAUUGCUAUAGCCCCCCCUGCUGGUCUGCAGCUGCAGUUUCACUUGCAGAUUAGCAUUUUUACGGAUACUGUCUCAAACAAGAAGGUUGUGAUGGCGCAAACCAAACCACCUCACUCAUUUCUUUUAUUCAUAUGUCCAAAUACAUUUUCUUUCUUGUUUUGGGACACAACUGCCCCAUUUUUUCAUGUCUGGUUCAGUGUUAUUAAGACAGUGGCCUGACCUGCAGGCAGCUUGGGCUCCACUGCCCAUUUAUUCUCUCUGGUACUGCUCGCACAUCGCUAUCACCUGGACUGUCACUGAUGAAAACGUGGAUGAUUAUCACAAAUUGAGACCUGACUCUGAGGAGGUUUGCACAGAACGGUACAUGUCUAACACACUAAGUGCAGAACUGCCUCAAAAUGAACAUUCAAAGCACAAAAAGCAACAGCUGUGACUGUACACGGGGCUGGUUUGGUCUGGACAGCAUGUAAAGUGCAGUGAAGCGUCCUCAUAGAAAUGUAGACGAAAGGAAUGUGUAGUUGACUUUUCUUCUUUAGCUUUAAUCGAUUGCUAGUUUCUCAUCAUCCAAACAUUAGAUCAUGUUUAGUUGAAGUGAUUUUUUUUUUUUUUUUGCCAUUUUAAUCAUUCAGAAUUACAUUUUUGAAUCUGUAUAAAACACAGUCUUGCUUUGGUUUUGUUUAAUGUGUUGUUUGGUUGAUGUUUGUUACAUUGAAGAUGAUGGUGCAAUGAAGUCAAACGCUUUCUUCUCUCUAAAGGAAAACAGGGUGUUACUGACUUAGGGGCUUGAAAACAUCCAACUGUGUGAAGCUCGAUUUAAAACUAUAUUGCUAACUUUAUUUACUUGACAAAUACUUUUACAAACAGAUUACUCUUUGCAUUAGAAGUCAUAAAUAUUGAUGUUAAUGCAAUGUUGUCUUCCCCCUAAACUGUAGUUGUACGGAUUACAGCUGUUCAUGGGUGGAGCUUAGUUUUGCUCGUCCUUGCACUUGUGGGCCAACUUGUCAUAUU